CUAGGCUCCGAGACCGGGCCCUGGCGGCGGGGAGGGAGGGGGCGCUGCGCCCCGAGGAUGGAGAGAGCGAUGGAGCAGCUCAACCGCCUGACCCGCUCGCUGCGUCGCGCCCGCACCGUGGAGCUUCCAGAAGAUAAUGAAACUGCUGUCUAUACGUUAAUGCCAAUGGUUAUGGCUGACCAGCAUAGGUCUGUUUCAGAAUUAUUAUCCAAUUCAAAGUUUGAUGUCAAUUAUGCAUUUGGACGGGUGAAAAGAAGCUUACUUCAUAUUGCUGCAAAUUGUGGAUCAGUUGAAUGCUUGGUUCUGCUGUUAAAAAAAGGAGCAAAUCCUAACUAUCAAGAUAUUUCAGGGUGUACACCUCUUCAUUUGGCGGCUAGAAAUGGUCAGAAGAAGUGCAUGAGUAAAUUAUUAGAAUACAGUGCGGAUGUCAACAUCUGUAAUAACGAAGGACUGACUGCAAUCCAUUGGUUGGCUGUAAAUGGAAGAACAGAACUACUUCAUGAUCUUGUACAGCAUGUUAGUAACGUGGAUGUUGAAGAUGCAAUGGGACAGACAGCAUUGCAUGUUGCUUGCCAAAAUGGUCAUAAGACAACAGUUCAGUGCUUGCUAGACAGUGGUGCUGAUAUUAAUAGGCCAAAUGUGUCUGGAGCCACUCCACUGUACUUUGCUUGCAGUCAUGGCCAAAGAGACACAGCACAGAUUCUUCUUUUACGAGGAGCAAAAUAUCUGCCAGAUAAAAAUGGAGUAACCCCACUGGAUUUGUGUGUACAGGGUGGCUAUGGAGAGACUUGUGAAGUGUUAAUUCAAUAUCACCCUAGACUUUUCCAGACAAUUAUUCAAAUGACACAGAAUGAGGAGCUUCGAGAAAAUAUGUUGCGACAAGUUUUGGAGCAUUUGUCCCAGCAGAGUGAAAGCCAGUACUUAAAGAUUCUGACAAGUCUUGCUGAAGUUGCUACAACAAAUGGUCAUAAACUGCUUAGCCUGUCUAGCAAUUAUGAAGCACAAAUGAAGAGUCUCUUAAGGAUUGUGAGGAUGUUUUGUCAUGUCUUUCGAAUUGGCCCAUCUUCUCCCAAUAAUGGAAUUGAUAUGGGCUACAAUGGGAAUAAAACUCCAAGAAGUCAGGUGUUCAAGGUCAGAAAAGUAUAUGACGUUGUUAGGAAGAUAGACGUUAAAGAGAUGAAUUUCACAAAGCAUGCAUUCUAUAAUCAGAACCCUCAUGAACAGGACCCUUUGGAGUUGCUCUGGCACUCAUUAGAUGAAUGGUUAGUGUUAAUAGCCACAGAGUUGAUGAAAAACAAAAAGGACUCGACCAACAUCACAUCUAUUUUAUUGAAGCAAAAAGGACCAGAUCAGCAAGAUACUACUUCUAUCCCUUCAUUUGGCAGUCCAGGAACUGGGAGCAGUGAAAAUCUAUCCAUUGACACAGGGGAAUCUAAACCAGAUGAUAUUGCAGGGAAGCAGGAAGCUAAUGUGGAUUGUCAGGAUGUUAUCUCCAUGACAGCUAACCGGCUAAGUGCUGUCAUUCAAGCUUUUUAUAUGUGCUGCUCUUGUCAGAUGCCUCCAGGAAUGACUUCACCCCGUUUCAUAGAAUUUGUAUGCAAACAUGAUGAAGUUCUUAAAUGCUUUGUCAAUCGAAACCCCAAAAUAAUUUUUGACCACUUUCACUUCCUCCUUGAGUGUCCUGAACUGAUGUCAAGGUUUAUGCAUAUUAUAAAAGCACAGCCUUUUAAAGAUCGUUGUGAGUGGUUCUAUGAACAUUUGCAUUCAGGGCAAUCAGAUUCAGACAUGGUACACAGACCAGUGAAUGAAAAUGAUAUUCUGCUGGUUCAUAGAGAUUCUAUUUUUAGGAGUAGCUGUGAAGUUGUGUCUAAAGCAAAUUGUGCAAAGCUAAAACAGGGGAUUGCUGUGCGUUUCCAUGGAGAAGAAGGCAUGGGUCAAGGUGUUGUACGCGAAUGGUUUGAUAUUUUAUCUAAUGAGAUAGUUAACCCUGAUUAUGCACUGUUCACCCAGUCAGCUGAUGGGACAACUUUUCAGCCUAAUAGCAACUCAUAUGUUAAUCCUGAUCACUUGAACUAUUUCCGGUUUGCUGGACAGAUCUUGGGAUUGGCUUUGAACCACAGGCAACUGGUCAACAUUUACUUUACAAGAUCAUUCUAUAAGCACAUUCUUGGUAUUCCUGUAAAUUAUCAAGAUGUGGCAUCUAUUGAUCCAGAAUAUGCUAAAAAUUUGCAGUGGAUACUGGAUAAUGAUAUUAGUGAUCUGGGUUUAGAAUUAACCUUUUCUGUUGAGACAGAUGUGUUUGGAGCAAUGGAAGAAGUGCCUUUGAAACCUGGGGGUGCAAGCAUUCUUGUAACACAAGACAAUAAAGCAGAAUAUGUCCAGCUUGUUACUGAGCUCCGAAUGACAAGAGCCAUUCAGCCUCAGAUCAAUGCUUUCUUACAGGGCUUCCACAUGUUCAUUCCACCUUCCCUUAUACAACUUUUUGAUGAAUAUGAACUGGAGUUACUGCUUUCUGGUAUGCCAGAAAUUGAUGUGAGUGAUUGGAUAAAAAAUACGGAAUACACAAGUGGUUAUGAAAGAGAUGACCCAGUUGUUCAGUGGUUCUGGGAAGUUGUGGAAAGCAUAACUCAAGAGGAAAGAGUGCUUUUGUUGCAGUUUGUUACUGGCAGUUCUAGGGUCCCACAUGGAGGCUUUGCAAAUAUCAUGGGUGGAAGUGGAUUACAAAAUUUUACAAUAGCUGCUGUACCCUACACUCCAAAUCUGCUCCCAACCUCAAGCACAUGCAUCAACAUGCUCAAGUUACCUGAAUAUCCAAGUAAGGAAAUCCUUAAGGACAGGCUGCUUGUGGCAUUACACUGUGGAAGCUACGGUUACACGAUGGCAUAAUGAAGUCUAGAAAACUCAUCUGACUACUGAUGCACGAUUCCGAGUGGCAGAAGUCAUUUAGGAAACUAUCACAGAGAAGCAACCUAAAUUCAGCCUGGAGGCAGAGCUGAUGUUUAGAAUGCCUAAAGGAUCCUUUUUUCCCCCUUUCUUUCAUUGUAUGUUGAAGUUUAUGAUAUAAUUACAGAAAAUUUAAAUUGCAAUAGAUUUCAUUUGUAAAUAUAUAUAUUUACAUGUAUUUACACAUACAUGUAUAUAGUUUUGUAUUGGUAUGCUAUAUACAUGUAUACAAACGUACAUGCAUAUAGUUUUGUAUUUAAAAUAGCUCCUUUCCUUAUUCUUGUUGCCUUAAUCUGCACCAAAUAUGUUAAGUCUAAGUCCUGUUCUGCAUUCCACUUCUGCCAUCUAACUGUUAAGUUUUAAAGGGUUGUGUGUUUUCUUUUGUUUGUGUGUUUGUUUUUUCCAUUUUUGCUCUUGUAUCAUAUGCUUUUGUAUAUUUUGUUGCAUGUAAAAGUGCCAUUUAUUUUUUUGAGGGAAAAAUAUAUAAAAUUAGUUCAAUUUGAUUGUGUAUAAAGCCACAAAUAUGUAUUUUCUCACAUUGUAUCUAUAUUGCAAUGAUGUUUUUUAAGCUUUUUAAUAUUUUAAUAUAUAAUGUAAAGUUAAGACCAGUGUCAAUGAUAAAUAGGUGGUGAAAUGGCAUCUGAUUUACAUAUUAAAGUUUACAUUAUAUUGGACUAAUUAUUUGCAUCUUAAUUGGCAAAUUUGCCACUUGCAUAUAUCAUUUAUACAUUCUUUUGCACUUAUAUACACAUGUGUUCUUAAAUCUUUCCUUGUACCUGGUUAUUAUUUGUCCAUUGUAUUUGAGGUAAAAUUUAACUAUAAUAUUUUAUUCUUUUAACAAAAGUCAGUUUUGUUUUAUUUAUGAAUUCUGAGGACAUGCCUAUGGAAUGAAAUAGCCUGGCAGAUAUCAUUUAAAAUGUGUUUUAUUUUUGCAUAAAGUAUCAUUUUAAAUUAA